AUGCAAAAGUAUGAGGAUCUCCUCAUACUUUCGCAUGACCAAAGCUACGAUGAACGAAAGUAUGAGGAGAUCCUCAUACUUUCGUUCAUCGUAGCUUUUCAACUUUCACUCGUGAUCCUCGUUUUCCCGGAAAAAGGGAAAACUCUUCUACAGGGAUUUUUUUAUGUUUCACUAGUGCGGACGCUCCUGCUAGAUCCUCCUGAUCCUCAUCGCGAAGAGUCUAGUAGGUAA